AGUAUUUGGUUUGCUCACGGGUGUCUCCUGAUGCCGGUUGGGUGUUCUCUUUCUGCCCUCACCCUUCGUCGAAAGGGUGACCCACGGCAGUCAUGUCCAAGCGACGCGGCGAGGACGAGGGCAGCAAGCUCACCCGUAUCGCCGUCGUCAACGCCGACAGAUGCAAGCCCAAGCGGUGUCGGCAGGAGUGCAAGCGCUCCUGCCCAGUGGUGCGCAUGGGCAAGCUGUGCAUAGAGGUGACGCCCAACGACAAGAUCGCCAUCAUCUCUGAGGAGCUGUGCAUUGGCUGCGGCAUCUGCAUUAAGAAAUGUCCGUUCGACGCCAUCAACAUCCUGAACCUGCCCAGCAACCUGGACAAGGAGACGACGCACCGUUACUCGCAGAACUCGUUCAAGCUGCACCGGCUGCCGAUCCCGCGGCCGGGCGAGGUGCUGGGCCUGGUCGGCACCAACGGUAUCGGCAAGUCCACCGCGCUCAAGAUCCUCGCCGGAAAACAGAAGCCCAACCUGGGCAGGUUCAAUGAUCCGCCGGACUGGACGGACAUCCUGACGUACUUCCGCGGCUCGGAGCUGCAGAACUACUUUACCAAGAUCCUGGAGGACGACCUCAAGGCCAUCAUCAAGCCGCAGUAUGUGGACCAGAUUCCCAAGGCGGUGCGCGGCUCUGUCCAACAGCUCCUAGACAAGAAGGACGAGAUGGGCAACCAAACGGAAAUCUGCGAGGCACUUGACUUGAACAACGUGCGGAAUCGCAACGUGGAGAACCUGUCGGGCGGUGAGCUGCAGCGGUUCGCCUGCGCCAUGGUCUGCAUACAGAAGGCGGACAUCUUCAUGUUCGACGAGCCCUCCUCCUACCUGGACGUCAAGCAGCGUCUGCGGUGCGCCAUCACCAUCCGAAACCUGGUGUCGGAGAAAAAGUACGUGAUAGUGGUGGAGCACGACCUGUCGGUGCUCGACUACCUCUCCGACUUCAUCUGCUGCCUGUACGGCAGACCGGGCGUCUACGGCGUCGUCACCAUGCCCUUCUCCGUGCGGGAAGGCAUCAACAUCUUCCUGGACGGCUACGUGCCGACGGAGAACCUGCGCUUCCGCGACGUCUCGCUCGUCUUCAAGGUGUCCGAGUCGGCCAUGGAGGAGGAGGUGAAGCGGAUGGCCCGCUACACGUACCCCGACAUGAAGAGAAGAUGGGCGAGUUCGAGCUGACAGUGCACGCCGGUGACUUCACCGACUCCGAGAUCCUGGUCAUGCUCG